AUGCCGAGAUGGAUGUAUAGGCAUACCAGGAGAGAUAAGCUUAGGAAUGAAGUUAUCCGAGACAAGGUGGGAGUGGCUCUUGGGGAGGAUAAGAUGUGGGAAGCUAGACUAAGAUGGUACGGGUAUGUGAAGAGGAUGAGUAUAGAUGCCCCGGUGAGAAGGUGCGAGAGGUUGGCCAUGUCGAGGUUAAGGAGAGGUAUAGGUAGGCCUAGGAAGUAUUGGGGAGAGGUGAUUAGACAAGGCAUGACACACCUUCAGCUUACUGAGGACAUGACCCUGGAUAGGAAGACGUGGAGGUUGAGAAUUAAGAUUCUUCAUGACCGCGGUCGCGGACCAUUUUCCGCCGCAGCGGAAGUUCCACCGCUGCAGCGAAAUAUCACAACUUACAGCGGUCCUUUUGGCUGCUGGGGCGAUGAUUUUCCGCAGUCCGCGGCCCCCCAGGAUCCUGAACAACUUUCAAGUGCCGAAAUGUUGAGAAAUGGAUUGUGGAACAUAGGGACAUUGACGCGUAAGUCUAUAGAGUUGGAAAGAACUCUCCAGAAGAGGAAGGUCAAUAUAGCUUGUGUUCAAGAGACUAGGUGGGAAGGAUCGAGGGCAGGGAAUUCAGACGGGUAUAAACUAUGGUACUUGGAAGGCAGGAAGGGUAAGAACGGAGUGGGUAUUUUGGUGGAUAGAGAACUUAGAGAGUCAGUGAUUGAGUCUAGGUGGGUGAAUGAUAGAUUAAUGGCGAUUAAGUUAGUAGUUGGUGGGAUCACCCUGAAUAUUAUUAAUGUCUACGCGCCGCAAACGGGAUUAGAUGAGAAGGUUAAGAGAUGCUUCUGGGAGGGGCUAGACGAGGUGGUGCGUGUUGUGCUGCUUACGGAGAAGUUAUUCAUAUGA